CUGCCCCACUGUCCUUUCCAUUUAUGUAAAUCAAAAUCAAAAGGCAUCUCUCUUCUCCACUCUACUACUCCAAGCUGUGAUCUACUCAUCUCAUUUUUCCAUUUUCCUAUUAUCAAAUUUAUACACUUUCGUUAAAAAAACAUGACAGAUUCCUUCAGACUCCAACACCGGAAACUUGAAUACAAGCGUUUAAUUCCAUCAUUUCUAUUAUCUCAUCACACACUUCUUACUCUUCUCUGGACCAUUGGAUUUAUUCUAAUCGUCGCUUGGCAAAGAACUGCAGUUGAACGCCUUCUUAUAUAUCGAGGUUCGGUAACGAUUCCGAGGCCAAUCCCGAACCUACGGCCUCUAGUAUUCAAUCUCUCUGAUUUCGGAGCUGUUGGUGAUGGCGUUACCGUAAAUACGAAGGCAUUUGAGAGGGCAAUUUUGGAAAUUAAGAAGCGAGGUGGAGGCCAGCUUAAUGUUGAGCCUGGUUAUUGGCUUACGGCGCCGUUUAAUCUUACAAGUCAUAUGACGUUAUUUCUUGCUGAAAAUGCUGUUAUUCUUGGGAUUGAUGAUGAGAGCUAUUGGCCACUACUGCCUCCUUUGCCGUCAUAUGGAUAUGGAAGAGAACGCCGUGGCCCGCGUUAUGGAAGUUUAAUCCAUGGGCAAAAUCUUAAGGAUGUUGUCAUAACAGGGCAUAAUGGCACCAUUAACGGACAAGGCAGAUCAUGGUGGGAGAAAUACCGCAAAAAACUUUUGAAUCACACAAGGGGCCCACUUCUUCAACUCAUGUGGUCAAGAGACAUUCACAUUUCUGAUGUUACAUUUCGUGAUUCUCCGUUCUGGACUCUUCACCCUUACGACUGCCAAAAUGUUGUUAUAAGAAAUGUAACGAUUCUGGCUCCAUUGACUGACGCUCCAAACACUGAUGGAAUAGACCCUGAUUCAUGUGUGGAUAUGGUGAUAGAGGAUAGUUAUAUAAGCGUGGGGGAUGAUGGAGUAGCAAUCAAGAGUGGCUGGGAUCAGUAUGGAAUUGCAUAUUCCCGGCCGUCUUCCAAUAUCACUAUCCGUAACCUCAUAGUGCGCUCAAUGAUUAGUGCUGGAGUAUCAAUUGGAAGUGAAAUGUCUGGUGGAGUGUCAAAUAUCAUAGUGGAGAAUCUCCUUGUAUGGAACUCAAAAAGAGGAAUAAGAAUUAAGACUAGCCCUGGCAGGGGUGGUCAUAUUCGACAUGUUAUCUACCACAACCUGACCCUACAGAAUGUUCGUGUAGGCAUUGUAAUUAAGACCGACUACAAUGAGCAUCCUGAUGAAGGCUAUGAUCCAAAAGCUCUUCCAGUUAUUGAGGAUAUAAGCUUUACUGGUAUUCGUGGGCAAGGAGUUCGAAUACCAGCACGUAUUUACGGGAGCCCUGAGAUUCCUGUUCAGAAUGUAACUUUUCAGGACAUGUCCGUAGGAAUAACAUACAAGAAGAAACGUAUCUUCCAGUGUUCUUUUGUUCAAGGACGAGUUAUUGGAAAAAUCUUCCCUGCUCCUUGUGAGAACCUUGAUUGGUAUGAUGAUGGAGGAAAACUACUUAGGCGAUCAACAACAAAGAAUGCCAAGGACUUGGAUUAUGAUCGUUGAGAGGAAGGUGCUUUAUUCCUUCAAUGAGAAUGUUGGUACAACAGCUGAUGGGUCGUUGCCAGCGACAUCUGAUCUUCUUGGUCCUUCAAAUACACAAUCAAAUCCUGGGAGGUCAGGGCAUGUUCAGAGAUCUUUGCAGUUGUCACACUAGAUUUGCUAGAAAGAAAGAGUACAUGGAUGGAGUACCCACCCGUGGAGCUUUUAAGUGAAACUUCCCCCCGGACAGAGUACUAGUUUGGUUUGCGAGGCUGCGACCAGUGAAAGGAAGCUCCAGUGCUCACUGUAAUACCCAGGAUGGUUGGUUGGGCCUAUGUCGCUAAUACAAGGGCACAAAAUUCAUCAUGGAUUAUUGCAAAAGAUGAAGGUGGACGUCAAUUCUUGGAAAAAAACACACAGAGGGUUGGAGAGUGGGGACGUCAAGGGAUGUGCUCCUCAUCUCAUUCAAUUUUUUUUCUAUCUUAUUUUGUUUAAUCCAAUUGGUAAUUGUUAUUAUGUUGGAAAGAGGUACCUGGAUUGUGGAAAACAUAGUGUAGGUAGUCUUUAUAUGUGAACUUCAGGCCCAUCAAAAGAUGGGAGGAAAGAUUUGAUGGAGUACAUACACAAUUGCUAAAAGAUUUUAUUCACCCCCAUUUUGUUUCAUCACAGAAAA